GGGGGGCGGGACCGGGCGCAGGGGGGUUGUGGUGGCCCGCGGCGCGCGCACAGCACCGGGUGCAGCCGCCGCCGCCUCAGCCGCAGCAGCGCCAGGAGCCGCCGCCCGCCCUCCUCCUCCUCCCGUUACCGCCCUUCCUCAUCCUUCCUCCUCCUCCUUCCUCCUCCUCCUCCCGGAGCCCGCAGCCUCCUCGCCCUACCCCCGGCCCCGCGAAGAUGGUGGACCGCGAGCAGCUGGUGCAGAAGGCCCGGCUGGCCGAACAAGCCGAGCGGUACGACGACAUGGCGGCCGCCAUGAAGAACGUGACGGAGCUGAACGAGCCUCUGUCCAACGAAGAGAGGAACCUGUUGUCCGUCGCCUACAAAAACGUGGUGGGGGCACGGCGCUCCUCGUGGCGAGUCAUCAGCAGCAUCGAGCAGAAGACCUCUGCCGACGGCAACGAGAAGAAGAUAGAAAUGGUGCGUGCCUACCGCGAGAAGAUCGAGAAGGAGUUGGAAGCGGUGUGCCAGGAUGUGCUGAGCCUGCUGGACAACUACCUGAUCAAGAACUGCAGCGAGACGCAGUACGAGAGCAAAGUCUUCUACCUGAAGAUGAAAGGGGACUAUUACCGCUACCUGGCCGAAGUGGCCACCGGUGAGAAGAGGGCGACCGUGGUGGAGUCCUCGGAGAAAGCCUAUAGCGAAGCCCAUGAGAUCAGCAAGGAGCACAUGCAGCCCACCCAUCCCAUCCGGCUCGGGCUGGCGCUUAACUACUCCGUUUUCUACUACGAGAUCCAGAACGCUCCGGAGCAGGCCUGCCACCUGGCCAAGACGGCCUUCGACGAUGCCAUUGCCGAGCUGGACACCCUCAACGAGGACUCCUACAAGGACUCAACGCUCAUCAUGCAGCUCCUCCGCGACAACCUAACGCUCUGGACGAGCGAUCAGCAAGACGACGACGGCGGUGAAGGCAACAACUAGACCCCCCCGCGAUGGACUGGCAGCCGCACGCUGAUGCUAACUACUGCAGUCUUUAUUUUUUUCCCACGAGUGGGGGGGGGUGUCAGGGGUGGGGGGGGGACCAGGGAGGGGACCCCUUCCCAGGGAGGCCCCCCACUACCUGUCUUUGAUUGCCUCGUUGACAUUUUUGCCAAAACACCACUAGUGGAAGUCAGGCUGGCUGUGCUGGUUAAUGGAAUAGCAGCCUCACUGGCAUAUGGACUGUUCUGUAGAUUAUUAAUACGAGUGGAGCUGUCUUUAAUUUAACUUUAUUGCUAGAAAUCAAACACAACAAAACCACAUAAAAAAAGGAGUUUUUAGAGGUGAAUUCGUGUGGAUGGAAUGGCCCUCGUUUUCUAAAGGAACACAAGGAGAGAAAACAAACAAACAAAAAAAGAGAGUUCUGUGGUUCCAGUCAGGAAUUGUGUGGUUCCAGUAAGGCUUUAUGCGUUUGUUUCCGCAGUCCAAGUGCCGUGUGUCCGUCCCCCAUCGCGGGGCAUCUCUCUGCGGCGCUCUGCCUGGCAGGGCAUAGCCUCAAAUCCCCACAUCCAGAAGGAAUUUAAGAACUAAAGAAUUCCGGGCUCGCAGUGCUCGGGGGUUUAGGCCAUCCCAUCUUUCUGAGUGAUUUCUUUUUGGAUCGAGGUAUUUCUUAGGGUAGCUGACAGUAUUAACACUAAAUCGCAGUUUACAGUAUCUCUACAUUACAGCCAUAUGACAUCAAGCCUUUUUGAUUGUCUUGUGUUCUCUUCUUUCUUCUUUGCUAGUUCUUUUGGCUUGCCUUCCUGAUCAGUCCUCGCCUGUGGACUGGCUUUAGCUAUUCUGUGUGGCCCAAGGCAAGAAGACCGCCCGCCCGAGGAACAUCAAAGCUGCUCUAGUUUUUUGGUCAACAGCUUAUACCAGGUGCUUGGCUAGCGGCUGUUUCAACUCUUUCCAAGUCCACAGCAAAAAGGUGUAAGAACUUCAAUUAGACAAGGGGGAAGUGUUUAAACUCAACAAAAAAAUGCCACUUAAAUAAUAAUAAAAUAAUAAUAAUAAUAAUAAUAAUAAUAAAAAUAAUAAAAAAGAGCAUUCAGGUCUGUAUGUCAUGUACUGUGUUUGGUAUUUCAAAAGACCAUCCUGAUUUUUAAGGUGCCACAGCUGCUUCCUCAGGGAUUGCACUGCCAUUUCACUUCUGCCUGACUUUCUCCCACUGUACCAUGAGGUUUGUCAGCAGAUCCCUGGCACCCAGGCUCCCUUGUUUGUCACCAGGGAAGCCGGGUGCGUUUUUCCUUUCUCCUGGGGAAGCUUGUGGUGUAAUGAGUGAACUUCAGGAGCUUAGAAACUAACGUGGUAGAGAAAUCCCUAACGGGAAGAGCUACAAUCAUAGACAUUUCUAUCGCCCAUCAGGAGCCCAGGAACUUAGUUCUCUUCUUAGCAAAGUCUUUUCCCAAGGCUGAUCUGGCUGGGGGGUGGGAAAUGGGACAUCCAUGUUGCUUUAGCAGGGAAUACUUACCCUGUUCUUGGAGUAAACUUACUUCUCGCUUUAGUUUCCCCAUUGCUGUUGGAAGCUCACUGCCGCCCUCCGGCUCAUCGAAGGGAAACCCCACACUCCUGCAUGUUUGAUUCCACUUUAGACACAGGCUUUGUCCCUGUCCCUUGCAAGAGCAGGGUGCCGUGGUGCUGCACGCAUGGCCUGCACACGGGGAUGCUGCUCCAGCUCCCCACUGUCACCACAAAGCCGCUAUCCCGACUCCUUGCGGAGCGAGCAGACCCCGGUGCUUGUGCUCCGGGGAAUGCCAUGGAGAUGCUGGUAAAGCUGGUUUGGACUGGGAUGCCUCCACACAUAGGGUCUUGCCCAGCAGCACAUCCCAUGAGCAGCAUCCCAUGGCGGGAUGCUCGCGGUACCAUGGGCUGGAAGAUGGCUUUAAGCUUCUUACCUUCCUUUGCUCAACCCAUGAGCAGCAUCGUCCCGGCUCUAUCAUUUGGAAGUGAUUUACUGGAAUUACAAAACCCAUCUUUUCUUGUUUGGUUUUUGUUUUUUUGGCCUUUUUCAUUUCAUUUCCCUUCUUUUUGGCUUCUGCUCUGGCUGCUUUAGGAAACUUCCGCAGGAGAGAUGGCACAAGAGGGCUCAAAAGGGAGUUUGGGGGUCAGGGGCUUGAUUUUUGAAGCAGCUUGAAUGGUUUCUUUGGUUUUCUAAGAGAUGCACUUGCCUAUGAUACUGUCUCUCCAGUGAACUGAUUACUGCUCCAUUACUCUAUUGAUACAAUAUUGUGCAUGCUAGUGUCGUAUUUCUAUACAGUAGCUUGAAGUUUAUUAACUUAUACUGUAGAUGUUCUGUAUUCCUAUGACAAAAUAGUCUUCAAAACCCAAUUUUUUAAAGGCUUUUUUUUCUGGUUUUUAAUUUAUUUUCCUUUUUCUUUUUUUUCUCUCUCUCUCCUUUCUUUUCCCUUCCUUUGCCUUUCUGGGGGGGGCACAGUUUGCUCUCUCCCGACCGUGAUCGUAACAAACUGAUCUGUUCUGGGUGUUGCUCUAGUGACAUGCGAUUCUAUAGGGUUUUAUUUCGUUCUGAAAACAGGAAAACAGCGACAAAAAACCAAAAAAAAAGACAAAAAAAACAACAAAAAAAAAGACAAAAAAAAAAAAGGCAAAAAAGAAGACACCAGUGUUAGCUUAACCUUAAUGUCUGGUGUUCGUCAUGGUGAAACUAUAACUAUCGCAGUGUAGGAGAACAAUGACUGUGUUCUUUGAAUGAGCCUUUGUUUGUGCUUUUCGUCAUGUUAUAUGCAGUGAAACUCUUUUUAAGGUCGAAAUCAGUGAUUUCUUCUUUUCUCCCCCCCCCCCCCGCCUCCGUGUUUCUGUAAGGAAUCCUUUCGCACACGGACCAUCCUUCGCGGUUUUUUCCUCAGUGAUGGAAUAUCAUGAAUGUGAGUCAUUAUGUAGCCGUCGUACAUUGAGCAAAUAAACUUACAGAUCUGACGUCAA